AUGCUUAAUCAUUGGCGUGCUAGAAAUUUUUCUCUUAUUCGUCUCGGUUUAAAUAUGGCUGAACAAAAACGUUCUCUUAAUCGAUUAGCAAAUGAAAAAUCAUCUUAUCUUCAACAACACGCUCAUAAUCCAGUUAAUUGGUACGCGUGGACUCCAGAUGCAUUUGAAAAAUCACGAAAAGAAAAUAAACCAAUUUUUCUCUCGAUUGGUUAUAGUACUUGUCAUUGGUGUCAUGUAAUGGAACAUGAAUCUUUCGAAAAUAAUGAAAUUGCUAAAAUACUUAAUGAUCAUUAUGUAGCAAUUAAAGUUGAUCGAGAAGAACGUCCUGAUGUUGAUCAAGUCUAUAUGAAAUAUCUUCAAUCAACAGAAGGGGGUGGUGGAUGGCCAUUAUCAGUAUGGUUAACACCACAAUUACAACCGUUCUUUGCUGGUACAUAUUUUCCACCAACAAGUGAACAUCGAUAUGGUCGUCCGGGUUUUAAAGAAAUUCUUGUUAAAUUAAAUGAAGCAUGGUCAACAAAAUCAAAUGAAAUUAUUAAUGGAAGUAAAGAUUCAAUAGAACAAUUAGCAACAAUUAUGGAUAAACGUGCAACUACUACAGAAAAUAAUUCUGAUUUACUAACAAAUACAAGUAUAGAAACAUGUUUUGCCUAUUUUGCUAAUGAUUUUGAUGAUGAUAAUGGUGGUUUUGGUACACGACCAAAAUUUCCUCAACCUGUUAAUUUUAAUUUUCUAUUAACUCAUGCUGCAUUAAGUCAUCAAGCAAAAGGAAAAGCUGAUGUCGCGAAAUUAUCUAUUGAUAUGACUCAAUUAACAUUGAAGAAAAUGUCUUUAGGUGGUAUUAAUGAUCAACUAGGCAAAGGUUUUCAUCGAUAUUCAACAGAUGAUCUAUGGCAUGUACCUCAUUUUGAAAAAAUGCUUUAUGAUCAAGGACAAAUUGCUGUAGUAUUAGCUGAUACAUAUUCAAUUACUAAAGAUGAACUUAUUGGUCAAACAUUACGAGAUCUUGUUUCAUAUGUUGAACAUGAUCUACGUCAUAGUAAACAUGGAGGCUUUUAUUGUGCUGAAGAUGCUGAUUCAUUACCAACAAAAAAUGAUACAAAGAAGAAAGAAGGAGCAUUCUAUGCUUGGAAUUAUGAUGAAUUACAUAAACUUUUACCAGAAAAUCAUGCUGAUAUUUUCUGUUAUUAUUAUCAAUGUAAGAAAAAUGGCAAUGUCGAUCCAAUGCAAGAUCCGCAUGAUGAAUUAAAAAAUCAAAAUGUUUUAAUUACCGAUGGAAAUCAUCAAGCUACUGUUGAAAAAUUUCAACUUAAAAAUAUUACUGAAUUAAAAGAAAUUCUAUCUGCAUGUCAUAAAAUUCUUCUUAAUUAUCGUAAUGAAAAUAGACCAAGACCUCAUCGUGAUGAAAAAUUUCUUGCAUCAUGGAAUGGUCUUAUGAUUAGUGGUUUAGCACGUGCUGCUUGUGUACUUCAAGAAUCUAAGUAUACUCAACUUGCUGAACAAGCAAUUCAUUUUAUCCGUACUUAUCUUAUUGAUUCAUCAACAAAACGACUUUUACGUGCAUGUUAUAUUGAUCAAAAAAUACAUGAAAUUGAAUAUACAGAAUUAAAAGUAAAUGGAUUUUUGGAUGAUUAUGCAUUUGUUAUUCAAGCUUGUAUUGAUUUGUAUGAAACUAAUCUUAAUGAAGAUUUACUUAUAUUUGCAUAUGAUUUACAAAAACAACAAGAUGAAUUCUUUUGGGAUUCGAAUAAAAAUCGAUAUUUCAAUACAGAUGGAAAAGAUGCUUCAAUUAUUUUACGUCUUUCCGAAGAUCAUGAUGGUGCUGAGCCAGCACCGAAUGCAGUUUCUGCUCUUAAUCUUCUUCGUCUUGGACAUUAUUUUAAUGAUUCAUCUUUACAUGAUCGUUUACAAUUAUUAUUUAAAUCUUAUACUCGUCAAUUAAGUAAAAUGCCAAUGACAAUGCCAACAAUGAUUCGUUGUUUUGAAAUGUAUACUCAAGGUAUGAAUGAAAUUAUUAUUCAAUCAUCGAAUCCAGAAGAAAUUAUUCAAUAUAUUCAAACAUCAUAUGUACCAAAUAAAAUUAUAAUCAACUUAAAUAAAAAAACCAAUCAUAAACUUAUACAAUAUAAUAAAGAAUUAACAUCAUUUAUAGACGAUAAAACUAAUGAACAAACGAGAAUUUUUCUUUGUCGAAAUUUUCAAUGUCAAUUACCUGUUUCAUCUUUGAAAGAAUUUAAAGAAAAAUUCGAUCCAUUAAUUUUAACAUAUUAA